AUGGGAAAUUCAUGCACACGUGACAGCGAGUCACAAGUCAUUUUAGGCGAUCAUGCCGCAAUACUUCAAAGACGGAACGAUCGUGAUCGAGCACGAGAACAGGAACCUGCACGUGGUCGAUGGUCGGCACCGGAUGCCGAGAUUGUUGAUCUUGACACUUUAUUAGAAGCUCCCUCUCCGUCAGCCAGCAAAAUGGCGGCACGACGUCGCCGCAAGAAACGCCAGUCUCUUUCGGAGCGCUUUCACGGACCACGACGCCAUGCCUCGAACAAUGCUUGUCCCCCUCGCGCGCCUUCGUUUGACGAAAGAAAUUCGGCGGCUCGAUCGCGAUUGUAUCGUAGUCGCACGGAGACUGGCCGACGCCCCAUGAUGAUGCUUCCUGAUGAACCACCAGUGCCUAUUUAUCGCUCAUAUGAAGACCCUGGAUAUCUGGCUGGGGAUCCUUUCGAACUGCAGCCUUUUGACACUGACUGUAUUCUCGGCAGUCCAAUUAAUUCUCCGUCUGUAAUUCACGCACGAUGGGGAGAACCCGUGGAUGAUCCUGAUGAGGAAAAUAUGUGUACAGAUUUUUCGCCUAAUCCAUUUAAAUUGGGUUUUUGUAUCAACUGCAUGAAGCAACACGAUAUUAAAGAAGAUGGACAGGUUGCAAAAGUUAAGGAGUACAAACGAAUCGCUCGUCCCACAAUCUCAAAGACGGCGGCUAACGCCUUGGACAAUCCCAGUGCUAUUCCAAUUCCAAGAAGCUCCGUUACAAUGCUGUCAGACAGUGGACGGGAGAGUGACAUUGAUUUAGCUCAACUUUUAGCUCAGAGGAGAGAUGUGCUCACAAGGUUAAACAUUUUGAAUCAACAACAUGCUAAAAUGAAGAAGGCGCAGGCUACAGGAACCACAGGACGCAGAGCCGAUCGCCAUACGACUAUCAAUUUUGGAGACAAUCCGCGGACAAGUUUGCGGCGGGUAGGCACACGACCACCAGGAUCGGGUCCAAUCAUUACUCGUGGCACGCCGGGGAGUUUGGCACAAAAGCCGAUAUCCACGAACAAUUUUGGGGCGUCAAAAAGUGUGAAUAUGGCCUCGCGCUUAUAUGACGAUGAAGAGCCUGCGCUGAAUGUGUGGUUGUAG